AUGGGAGAAAUGGAAUUAGAUGAUUUGAGAAAACUUGUAGAGGAACAAAAAAUGAUAAUCAUUAAGAAAGAUGAAAUGAUCCAAUCUCUGUUUUUGGCACUAGAUAAAGCUUAUUCUCAAUUAAAUUUUCAAUCAGAUGACGGUAAGUUAUUCAUAACACAAAACAAUUCUGUAUUAUUAGAUGAUUCAAUUUUUUCCAAUAACCAGACCCAAAAACAUAAUUCUUGUAUGCUGUGUUUAUUUCCACUAAAUGAUUCUCUUCAUGGUUCAAAAUACCCCAAAACCUUUAAUUUAUAUUGUGGUAAUUGUGUUUAUGUAUUUGGUGAUUUAGGCCACAAAUUCCAUUUACUCUGUCUUUACGAGACUGUUCAGAGAAGAGAAUGUAGAAAGGUUUGUGGAGAAUGCUGGACUGAUAUUGAUUCUGAUGAUCAGGAAACUAUUUUAAGUUGUGGGAAAAUUGAAAAGAAACGUAUUUGCAAGGAAAGUAAAGAUAUAGCCAAUAAGAUUUUAAAAGGUAUUCAAUAA